AUGUCUAUUCAGAGCCGUAAUCUAAAAGUCAGUGAAAUCCCACUUUCCCAAAUUUCAAGACCCAUUGCACCCGUCCUCGAUACCGCGAAGAUAAACGCAAUGGUAUCCACCAUGCAAGGCACACCGACGGCCAGUAAAACAUGCACAUUGGAACAAGCGGAGGCAAGUGAAGGUUUACUCCCUCCAGUAGACAUAAUGCGUAUCAGCGACCGGGAAGGAGUGCGUUUUUUUGCGUUCGGAGGUUGUCAUAGGUUACAAGCAUACGAUCGGAUAGCACAAAGCAGUGGAGAGGAUCCAAUGGUUCGUUGCAAGAUCAUUCCCACUACUAAGCAGCAAUUAGCGUUAUAUUUGGGCAGUUCAGUGGAGAACCUGGGGAUCUAG